CGCCAAUGGGGAGCGGCGGCGGCGAGCGGCCCGCCAAUGGGGAGCGGGGCCGCGCGCGCGGGGCGGUGGGAAAGGCGCCCAUUCCUUGUGUACAUCGGUUGCCCUAACAACGGCUAGUGAAGUCCAUUGGCGAUGGCCUCCAGCUUCAAGAAGGCCAACAUGGCAUCGAGCACUCAGCGAAAAAGGAUGAGUCCUAAGCCGGAGCUCACUGAAGAGCAGAAGCUGGAAAUCCGGGAAGCUUUUGAUCUCUUUGAUGCUGAUGGAACUGGGACCAUAGAUGUUAAAGAACUGAAGGUGGCCAUGAGGGCACUGGGUUUCGAACCCAAGAAAGAAGAGAUCAAGAGAAUGAUAUGCGAAAUUGAUAAGGAAGGGACAGGAAAAAUGAACUUUAGUGACUUUUUGACUGUGAUGACUCAGAAAAUGUCUGAGAAAGAUACUAAAGAAGAAAUCCUGAAAGCAUUCAAACUCUUCGAUGAUGAUGAAACUGGGAAGAUAUCUUUCAAAAAUCUCAAACGCGUGGCCAAGGAGCUGGGCGAGAACCUCACUGAUGAGGAGCUGCAGGAAAUGAUCGAUGAAGCUGAUCGAGAUGGAGACGGAGAAGUCAAUGAGCAGGAGUUCCUGCGGAUCAUGAAGAAGACCAGCCUUUAUUAAAACCAUUCUGGUUUUUUUCUACGGCAAGCGUGUGCAACUAGAUUUAGUGCUGUCAUCGUGUGAAAUCUCUGUAGAGAACCAAAUAUUCCCUCCCUACUGAUCUCCCUAAUAUAACUUGAGUAACAACCCCCAUUCUCUUUUAGACCUUCAAAAGUGUUCUAUGAUGUUCACGUUGCCUGUUGUACCCAUGUCGCCACAAGCAGCAGAUAUUUCUUCUGUGGUUCGGGUUUUCAGUUGACACCUGAAGGUCGUUUUUCUCUUUUAUAAAGCCCAUUGAAGUCUC